AUGGAAAUAGGACAACGAGUUCGAAUAAAUUUCGAAGUAGCAACAGUUCGAUAUAUUGGAGAAGUCGAUGGAUACGGUAGUCAACGAUGGGUUGGAUUGGAGUGGGAUGAUCCGACACGUGGAAAACAUGAUGGAAUUGUGAGAGGAAAACGAUACUUUCAGACGAGACAUCCAAAUGGAGGAUCAUUGAUGAAGCAUGAAAUAGUACCGAAACCAACUGAUCUAUUGUUUGAAAUCAAAGACAGAUACAUCGAGGAAGAGAGCGUCGAAACUGAAAUUGAAUUGGCGCAAUCCAAUAAGAAGAUCGAGUUGAUCGGAAUGGAUCAAACGGCUGCAAAACAAAGCAAUAUCGAGAAACUUAUAAAUAUUGUUCUUGAUAAUCGAUCAGUCGGCUUCCCACCUUCCUCGGAUUCUCCCCAAUUUAUACUUUGUCGUGAACUUAAUCUUUAUGGAAAUCUACUGUACAAAUGGAAAACAGUUCGUCAGAUUCUUGAAUAUUUUCCUAGAAUUCAAGAACUCAACUUACGAAGGAAUCGCAUGCAAUGCUUCAAUGAAGAAGAAGAUGAUGAUGAAUCAGAAGGAGAUGAUCAUGUUUAUUCGGAUAGUUGUAAGAAAUUGGUCAUUAGUGAAUGCAAUUUAUCUGAGAAUUCGAUCGACUCGAUUCUUCUCCGGUUCCCCUCUACAUCAGAUGUCGUGGCGUUUGGUAAUGAUCUCACAAGAUUCUCAGUUUCUGAAGCUGUUUCAUCUCGUCUUACAUCCCUCGAUCUCGAAGAUAAUCCAUUCAAAACACUAGAUUCCAUUCACGGAACUUUUCCGAAUUUGACACAACUUUCUGUGGCGAAUUGUGGAAUUACGAGCUUAAACGGAUUCGAUGGUUCGAUAAAAUUCCCGAAACUCGAAUAUCUGAACAUAAAAAGAAAUUCAAUUGUUGAAUGGAAAAGUGUAAAUUCCAUUAGAUCUCUUAAAAGUUUGAAACGGUUAUUGUUCGAUUGCAAAAAAUUAUCAACUGAAAAGGGUGUCCAUGCCUAUGAGAUUGUAAUUGCCAAGUUGAGCACUUUAAUAGAUCUCAAUAGGUUUGAUGUGUCAGAAGUAGAACGAAGGUCUGCAGAAAUUCGAUUUCUGAACAAAUAUGCCGGUCUAAAUGAUAACGAAGAUCAUCAAGACGAUAUCAAAAGACUGAUUGAAAUUCAUGGAGAACCGACACUUGAUACAGCAAAAAAGGGCCUUGCGGUGGUGAAAAUUAGAAUUGAAUGUGGAAAUCGAGUGGAGACACGAAGGCUUCCAUUGGGAAUGAGCAUACAGAAAAUUAGAGAUAUGCUCGCUCGUCUCUUCAAAGUCCCCAAUACAUCGAAAAUCCGUCUAUACCUCGUUAUGAGUGAAAAAGCCAAACAACACCGAAUUGAACUAGAAAAUCCGUUAAGAGAAUUUGGACACUAUUCACCUUCAGAAGAUCGAGAUAUUCUUGUUGUGGAACAUGAUUGAAUUGUUACCGGAAGAUUAUUUAUUGCACAACUUAUUGUUUGUUACAAAAUAUAUGAGCUUUAACUUGCAUAAAAUUCCUUAAUUUCUU